AUAUUUUAUGAAUUUCGUCUUCAUCGACUAUCGAUGAACGAUCAACCAGCAUCCAGCCUUGAACAGCUGUCAGUUUUACGAAGCCGACAAGUAAACAUUUACAAUACGAAUUUAACGAGGGCAGCAAAAAUAGAAAAUAUUCAUUGAAAAUUGUAAUUAAGCUUGUUACCGAAUGGCUAGAAAACCGGCCCAUAUCAAAUUGCUACGCAUAACAAACCUGUACGAUGUGACCGCCAAACAGUUGUGUCUCUAUGUGCAAGGAUUGCAUCGACACAUACGCCUGCAAAGCACCCGAAUACAAAGGCUGAAAAAGAAAAUUCACGCACUGCGAUUGCAAAGAAAGUUCCUCAGCAUAAGAAAUGCAACGGGUAAAGAACAACUACCAGAGGUUGAAGUGGAAGAAUGUGCACCGGAACAGGCUGAUCUGGUGGAACCGCUAGACAUAAAAGCAUUUGUGGAUGAUAUUAAGAAAACGGCCCAAGAUGUGGACAUUCAGAACAGAUACAUUUACGAACCUACCUCCGGGUUGUAUUACGAUCCUGCCACUGGAUAUUAUUAUAAUUCUAUUUACGGUCUACACUAUGAUGGCCAUCGUGGAUGCUAUUUGAAGUACAAUGAAGAAACCAAGGAGUAUGAUUUCUAUUCACAAGUCAUUCCCGAAACAAUGUUAGAACCCGAAUCCAAUGCCAAACAAAAGAAAUCGAAACGCACCGAUGUUUCCCGGGAAAAAGAGGCUACGAAAAAGACACCGGACAGUGAUGACAGCGAGUGUAGUAGACGGCAUAGCCGGAAGCGUAACCGGAAGCACAAGAAACGUUACCGCCGCAAGCAUCGGCAUCGGUCGCGUUCCGAGUCGGAAUCGAGCGAUAGUAGCGAUUCGGUGCCGAAACGUUCGAAAAAGAAACACAAAUCAAAGCGCAAACAUCGCAAAUCGUCACCAGAUGUGGGUGUGAAGGAGGAGGGAGAAUUGGAGAGCAGCGAAAGCGGCGAUUCCAAGUCGGUGGAAUCGGUUAUAGUGGUGAAAUCGAGCGAGGAACAUAGUGCCGAUUCGACGGAACAGUUUAAAACGGGCUACAAAGAUGUUGCGAAACGCUAUCCACCGUCCCUGCGGAUCAUAGUACAGGAAACGAACAUUAAAGAGCUUAAGAUUGGUUCACUGUUUAUUGUAACCUGCAAAGGUGGUACACUAGGCCGCGAGGGGAACCACGAUGUAAUCAUUCCCGACAUAAACGUAUCCAAAAAGCAUCUUCAGUUCAUGUACAAUGCACGCAAAACUACGUACCAGUUCGUGGAUUUAGGCUCACGCAAUGGCACGCUUUACAACGGUGUUAGGGUGAAGCUAAACGAACAGCAGUCCGCAAGCGAUCCUCAAAAUUUGGCUCACGGUAGCGUUCUUCAGCUGAACCAAACCAAAUUACUCUGUCACGUGCACGAGGGUAAUUCAACGUGUGGCAAGUGUGAACCGGGGCUGCUGGUAAACGCGGAACCCGUCGUAACGCCGGUAAUCGUUUCGAAAAUUACGAAACCCGUCUCCCAUAAGGAAGGCUUAAAGCUGCUGCAGAAGCGCUUUGGGUUGGAGAAUGAAAAGUACAUCGGUUCCGGUGAGGGUGGAAACAAUGCGGAUUACAAGGAUCGCGCUGCCGUUCGGCGGAAGGUUAAAGGAAGCUCGAACGAACACGAGAAAACGCAGGUCGCAUCCUUAGAUCAAUCGAUCGCCAGCAACAACAAAGGCUUCCAGAUGCUGUCCAAGCUCGGAUGGAACGAAGGCAAACCGCUCGGUAAGAACGAUACCGGGCUAACCGAACCGAUUGCGCUUACCUCGAACGUCGGUACAUCGGGCCUUGGCAGCCAGAAUCAGCUGGCUAUCGGUGGUCCGCACAAUGCGCAACCGGUCGAUCCGCGUCGGCACAGCAUUUGGCGCAAAACACAGGAACGCUUCGAACGGUCCACCGUGUUCGAAGCGGAAAGCAGCGAAGAAACGGAGUAAAACCAUGGACGAAGCAGAAAAAUAAAGCACUGUAAAUAGAACGCUUACAA